GAGGAAGGAAUGUCUCCUUUAGUUGGCGCUUAUUUGAUUCAGACCCCAGUGCAGCUUUAUCGAUAUCUCCUGAGAUGCUGUAGACGGUUGCCGACCGCAGCAAUGCAGCAUCAUUACCGACAUGCCAUAAGACAGGGUUACAACAGUCACUCAGAUGAAGAUGACCCACAAAGGAUAAAAUCAAUAAUCCAGAGAGCUAUAGCAGAUGCUGAUUGGAUUCUUGAUAAAUUGUGCUUCUCCUCCGCUCUCUCUCUCUCCUACAUUCUGUCCUCACCUACAGGUAUCAUCGGACUCAGAGCUUUGUGUCUGUGAUGGGCAGCUGCAGAUCCAAACAUCAAACAUCAAACUAUCCUGCCUGUAUCCAGUCCCUGGUCCAACCAUCCUGCAUGCGCUCUGUUAUUCUGGGAUCUCUUGGGUUUAGUUCUGUAAGGUCUUAACCCUUACUUUGUAAAGUGCCUUGAGAUAACUUUGUUGUUAUUUGGCACUAUAUAAGUAAAAUUGAAUUAAAAUUGAAUUGAAUUAUGUUUAUGAUUCUGAAUAGCUGAAGAUUGUUUUAAAGCUUUUUAUUUUGAAAGGAUAUGGAGGAAGCCUGUGUAGGUAAUUGCUAAACAGCAAAUUAGUCUUAUUAACUAGUCAUAAUAAACCAGCUGAAAGCAGAAAUAUUGCUAUUUUUAGCUUAUGAUCUGGAUUGGGGCUUUUAUUGUGAAAUGAUUUAGAAGAUGUGUGUGCUUAAUAAGUAAACUGAAAUAGUCCCAUUACUUGUUGCAAUUACCCAUUCAAAAGCAGAAAUUUUGCUAUUAAAGCUAAAGAUUGGAUAUGUAAGAUGCAUUUGUAGAUAAUUUUUAAAUUGUAAAACAGUCUCAUUAAGUCCUAGAAAUAUUGCUAUUUUUAGCUAAAGAUAUAGAUUGGGGCUUUUGUUUUGAAAGGAUUUGGAGGUGGUGUGUGAGUAAAUGCUGAGUUGUAAAAUACUCUCAAACUAUUUACAAUUACCCAUUCAAAACCAAAAAUAGUGCUAUUCUAAUGCUAAAACUAAAAUUUGAUCUCAUUAAGUAGUCAUAUUUAAAGUGUCAAAUCCAGAAAUCUUGCUAAGAAAUGAUAGCUUUAGACUGCUGCUUUUAUUUUGAAAGAAUUUGUAGAAGGUGUGUGGGCAAUUGCUGAACUGUAAGAUAGUCUUAUUAAUUAGGCUGUCAUUAAUUAAGCUGUCAUUAAACAGUCAGAGGUAUAAAAAUGACUAAUGAAGCUAAUAAAUUGAAUUAGCGCUUCUAUUUUGAAAGGAUAUAGAAGAAGCAUGUGGAGAUACUUGCUAAACAGUAUUUACAAACAAUCAAAUAGUAUAAUGAACUAAUUAGUAGUAAUCAGUAAUAUGCAUAGAGCUGCGACAUUGAGCAUCAGGAGUUUGACCUGCCAGUCAAAGCUGCAGCUGUGCCGUUGUCAUGGAGACGAAAAGCGGGAAAAUCAAAAAAUCUGUUUCAUUCUGGGUUGUGAAAGUAGAGUUGCACCCCUGGCCUGUUACAGCAAAUCCAUAAUAACUAUCAAAAAUUAAUUUUACUUUAUGAAUGCCAAGGCUUUAGUGAGCAACUGGUAUGAGUUUUAGGUUGUAACUAUUUGUAAUUAAUCAGUUUAAACAUUACUGAAUCUACCUUGUGAGUUGAAUGUAUAGCUGAUCAGAUUUGCAAAGAAAAAGUUGUGAGCUGAAUGUGCACAAAUAAAACAAAAGCAGUUUGA